CUAUAACAGUGCAGAGGGCUCUGGCGUCCUGCUACAGUCUGAAUACUCAGGAGUGAGUGCGAGCUGAACUCUGCGGUGCAGAGCUGGAAAAACACAGCACCCAUCCACCUCAGCGCUGCUUCACUGGCUUAAGGACAUCAUUUGGAGUAUCCGGGAUCGGGACGGGAGCCCUUGUCCGGCACUCAUUUUGUGUUGAGUUCAAGUGUGGCGACGGGACGCGCGCGAGAGACUUGACUUUCUCCAGAACUGUCCAAAGACUGCAGCUGUCGAGCUCUGUGCGUCCAUAUGAGGCAAAUGUCUUUUGCAGUGCAUUAGUCCAGAAAGUUGUUUUGUUUUCCCGCUUUCUCCUGUUUGAACAUUUCGAGUGAGUCUGCAUGCUUCAGCGCUCGAGCGCAUCGCGUUCAGAGACCCAUCCAGAAAACUGCAUGCGCAAAGAGGGGGAAGAAAAGCAAAAGUCGAGUUUUGCGACGCUGGUAAACACUUUGCUGAAGAACAGGGACACGAUGAGCGGCGAUCUCGCCAUGGGGCCCGAGCUGCCCACCAGCCCGUUGGCGUUGGAAUAUGUCAAUGACUUUGAUUUGAUGAAAUUCGAGGUGAAGAAAGAGGCCUUGGCGGCGCACGACCGCUCCAAUAUACGGCAGUGCAAUCGCCUCCAGCCGCAGGGCUCCGUGUCCUCCACUCCAAUCAGCACCCCGUGCAGCUCCGUGCCGUCCUCCCCGAGCUUCAGCCCCACGGAACAGAAGAACCAUCUGGAGGAGCUGUACUGGAUGCCCAGCGGCGCGUACCCGCAGCAGAUCGACCCGCAGACGUUAAGCCUGACGCCCGAAGACGCGGUGGAGGCUCUGAUCGGUGCCACGGCCCACGGGCACCCUCCGCCCCCUCACGUGCAGCAGCAGUUGCAGGCAGGAGGCUUUGAGGGAUACAGGGGCGCGCAUCACCACCACGGCCACGCGCAUCAGCAGCAGCAGCAGCACCACCAAUACGGCGCGAUCCCCCAUCACCCCGACGACCUGCAAAGUCACCCUGGCGCCCACGGCCACCACCACCAUCACCACCACCACCACCACCACAGUCAGGACCCCGACAGCCCUUCUCCUACCUCGCCCGGGUCCCACCAGCAGCUCCACCACCGUCACCACCACCACCCCGGCCAGCAGGGUCACCACGGCGUGGGGGGCGGCCUGAGCGUGGAGGACCGCUUCUCCGACGACCAGCUGGUGUCCAUGUCCGUACGGGAGCUCAACCGACACCUGCGGGGCUUCACCAAGGACGAUGUGAUCCGCCUGAAGCAGAAACGCCGGACCCUGAAGAACCGGGGCUACGCGCAGUCGUGCCGCUUCAAGCGUGUGCAGCAGAAGCAUGUGCUGGAGAACGAGAAGACGCAUCUCAUCAACCAGGUAGAGCAGCUCAAGCAAGAGAUCAACCGGCUGGCCCGAGAGAGAGACGCCUACAAACUCAAGUGCGAGAAGCUGAGCGGAGCGAACGGGUUCCGCGAGGCCGGAUCCACGAGCGACAACCCGUCCUCUCCAGAGUUCUUCAUGUGAGUGUGUGUUUCCUAUGCCUGAGAGACUUUGCGCUCAUUCAGAUAACAGCAGUACUCAUAGUAGAAGAAUAAUCCACAAGAAAUAAUAAUCUCAUAUGUAAUCAUCGCCACCGAAUUUGGCAACUAAAAUGCGAAGAACAUGUUAGAAUGUUUUCUGGGAAUGUAGUUUAGUUGCUUGUAGUAGCUACUUUUACCCCUUUCUUAGAUAUCUCACAACAAAAGAAAAGCGAAGAAGAACUGGCUUUUGUACUUAGGAUAACUUCAGAUAAAACCUUCUUUCCAUCAUCUGGUUUGUUCUCGGUUGUUCAGGAAAAAUUAAAUAAAAAAAAAAUUGUGCUGAGCGGGGAGAGAAACUUUGGACUUUUUUUUUUCCACUUGGCCAGAAAAGUUGAGAGAACCACAAUAUGCAAAACCUCCCUUUCUUCUCCUGUAUAACCCGCCUGAGUGAGGCGACGGGGGAACUUUAUGCAACAUCUCAUUGGUUUAUUGCCUGCUUGGUUAUAUAUAGUUAUAUAUUAAAAAGAAAAUGAAAAAAACGACAAAAACAAACACAUAAAUCUGCAUUAAGAUAUUAAUCCUGCAUGCUGGACAUGUAUGGUAAUAAUUUCUAUUUUAUACACUUCUUUCUUUCUUUCUUUCUAGUCAUUAUGAAUCAUAAAGAGCAUGUUUUUGAUCUUUAGCUCUUUGUUGGGGAUAUGAGACUGGCUCUCCGGUCGUCCAUUGUUUGGGAUCAUUUGGACUUGUAAAUAUAUGCAACAGCAAACCUACAAACCGACAUCGAAGAGCUGAUUGUUUUCCAAACUUUUCUGAUUAGUUUCAUGUUUUGGGAAUGGAUUUCCAGUAACGGGCAUUUUGCAGUUGCAUUUAAAGCAAGCAAACUUUGUAAAAGAAGCGCACUUUCUGGGGUAAUUAUUUUGGUAUUGGCAGAGCUUUUGAUUGUUUCUUUGUUUUAGCAGAAACCGCCUUUAAGGAAACAUGCCGCACACGUACGUAUUUUUCUUCUUCUUCUUCUUCUUCAUGCAAGCUGUUGCAUAAUCUAUUGCUAUUCUAUAAUAUAAGCAAUACGUAUAGGUCGUAUCUUUUUUGAUGGAUAGGAUUUCAACGAAUGGGCACACUUUCAUCGACAUUUUUUUGAGCUAUAUGAGCUGCCAGUUUUAUAAACCAACAUUUCAAAAUGUAGUUAUUAUAAUCCAGCUCGAGGGUGUAGGCUUCCUAAAUCAGGGGUUUGUGUAUUAUUGCCUAACAUGAAAACUACGCAUGCAUUUCAAUGGAGAGUUUCAAUGAUCAAUGUUAAAUGUUUUCCUUUAUUUUUUUUUCCUGCCGGUCAGUAAAAAAAUAAGGGAUUCAGGUUCUGCAUAAUCUCAAAAUGAAAAUUAUAUGUCUCAUGUUAUUGUUCUGUUUAUUAUGAUUUUUUUUGUUUUAAUUUCUUUUAUUUGUUUUAUUAUUAUGUCGAGAUUCUGGUUCUGCUGGCCAGAUGCAUAGUUUUUAUUUUAAUGAUUAAAUUAACAAGCUGUCAGAUCAUAUUGAAUAAGCAUGGUGCUUGCAUCUAAGAAAUAUUGUUAAGAAGUCAUGCAUUUAACAAUCUUUUUGGUUUAUUACUGAUUCAACUGUGUUGAAAUCAAAUGUAAACUGAAGCAGCGGGUUGUUGUUUUGUUUGUUAAUUUCAUGUAUUGUGAGGGGAUCAAUUUUCAAAUCUGUUUAUAUAAAUGGAAAAAAAAAAGAAUAGAGUUCAAUUCGGACUGUUCCAUUCAGGCUGGUUUCUGUUUCGUUUUUGCUGUUUUUGGAAGAAAUGGUUUCUUAUUUUGCUUAUUAAAGUCCGUGAAAUGGCAUUGAUUUCUUAGCCACUCA